AUGGACUCUUCUAUCGAAAGAACGCAAGUGGAUAAAUCCGGACGAAUGCACAAGCGAUCUCGCUCUGGCUGCUAUACUUGUCGGCUACGACGAAAGAAGUGCGACGAAGGGCACCCGGCCUGCAAAGCCUGCGCAAACCUCAACAUUGCCUGUGAAUAUAAAAGACCAGACUGGUGGACCAACGCUGAGCACCGGAGACAACACAAGGAGAAGAUAAAGAAUAGAAUCAAGCAGACCAAGUCAUUGGAGCGAAGUGGUUCCAUUCAUGGACGCAUGAACCGUGCCCUAUCCUCGCCACAUUCCAGUGACCGUGAUCUCCAUCACCCAAUAUACAUUGAGAACUGUGAUCCUAACUUCGGGGCGCACUUCUCAACCCCCGGAUUUGUGCCGAUAUCCUACUCUCAACAUUACCCAUAUGAGGUCGACGUCAAAACAGAACGCCAAACAUUUGUCAACGAUGUACCACUACGACGCGACUCUUCAGUCUCAACUUUCAACGCUCUGGGACCCCCCCAAUUGCAUGCAACGCUUCCAGCUUUCCAAUCAGAUGGAUGGUUUCAAGAAGAAUACUUCGAUCCUGCUGGCCAGGUAACAGGUCAAGGCAUGCUUGGUAACCCGGAAUUUGCACAGUACCCGACUUCUUUGAGUUCCAACAUUUUGGUUGACGACUAUGACCGUCCACUCUUGGACCACUUCGUGGACAAUGUCUUGCGCAUGAUUUUCCCAAUCCUGCAGGUCCACCAGCGUGGCGCAUUACAUACAACAUCCGUUCUUCAAUCACUCGAAGCAAACAAGUCCUACUUCCACUGCUGUCUAAGUGUAUCUGCGAUUCACCUCAAGACCACAAGUGGACUGACCGGUGAGCAAAUCGACAACGAUAUCAUGCGCCAUCGCUAUGAGGCAAUCUCCGAGCUCUGCCAAGCACUCAACAAGGACUCCGACCACGAAAGCAUACUGGAUGCCACACUCGCAAUGAUCUUCUUCCAUUGCUCAGUUGGUGCCCCCGAUGAUCACUUGCCCGAUAUCCCCUGGAAUGACCAUUUCCAAGCUGUCUCAAACUUGGCAAGCAAGCUGGAUUUGACCAGCCAAGUAAGCUCGGGUGGUUAUAUUCACUCGCCUCCACCUUUUGCCAUGUCCUUGACUUCUUGGAUCGACAUUCUGGGUGCAACUAUGCUUGGAAAGACGCCACAAUUUGCCCACUCAUAUCGCUCUAAGCACCUGAGCGGAACUUCAUCCGGUCUUCGCGAGCUGAUGGGCUGUGAUGACCGUGUGAUGUACCUGAUCUCAGAGAUAUCUUGUCUCGAAUCACUCAAAGCCGACGGUCGCGUUGAUUUCAACCUCAUUUGCUCUCAUGUUUCCGCCCUGGGCAACCAGUUGAAAUCCACAGAGGAUGAGGAUCCCACAUUGAGGAGUUGCUACUGCCCAACAACUGGAUCAAUCAACCAUGAAGCAUUGACAAAGACCGUGACAGCUGUUUUCCGCAUUGCCGCCCGCAUCUAUCUCUGCAGCCUGGUUCCCGGAUCCGACCGAAACCAAUCCAGCACUAUCAACCUCGUCAACGCUCUGACAGAUGCUUUAUCGUAUAUUCCAACAGGACCUUUUGGAUUCGAUCGCUCCCUCGUGUGGCCACUCCUGAUUGCGGGUGCCUUUUCGACCCCAUCAAGCUCGUUCCGCCAGGUUCUCGAUGAUAGAAUCACAACCUUGGGCGAAAUUGCAGACCUCGGCAGCAUUGGUCGCAUGUACCGACUGUUAAAUGAGUACUGGCGCUUGACCGAUGACCCAGUCAGCCCAUCCUUCCCUUCGCAGGACAGUCAGUUGGAGUCGGGAAAGCACAUCAAUGAGACAGCCCCAGGGCCCGAUUUGUCGGUCCCAAUUCUGUCACCUGGCAUGCGAGAGAUCAAGAGACAAAAGGUUCACUGGCGAGAUGUCAUGAACCGAAACGGCUGGCGUUAUCUUCUGAUCUAA